AUGGAUUAUACUUUUAAGAAGCCAACACUCGAUGUGUACAACAUUCUAUUCAAGGUGGAAAAUAAAAAAGAAGACAGCUCUGUUCUUGCAGAGUACUUGGAGAAGGAAAACAUGACAGGACUGCUUAGAGAGUACACGAAGAGAGGACUUUUCCCAGGCAGAGAAGUCCAGCCAGAAGAGGAUGUAGACAUGAAUGGGCUAUCUGAGGAAGACCUAUUAAAACUGUCUGUCAAGUACUCCAGUGAAGUAGAGUACGAACUGUUUGUGAAGGCAGCCAGGCGCCUCAUGGAGUACAACAAAUCCUUGAUGGUUAAGUUUGACAUAUGCACAGCAAAGGUGCGCAUGCUUAUUCUUCUGGGCUGGAAGGAAGAGCUAGACAAGAAAAUGGAAGAAAUAGAGUCCUUAAUUGAGCUGGGAAUUGACUGGGCAAGAAAAAACAAGUUUAAAGUGUACAAGAGUUUAUACCACAUUCUUCGCUCAGACUUUGAAAUUGCAGCAGGGCUUCUGAUUGAUGCACUCUCCACGUUUGAAGGAGAAGAGCUAAUGUCUUACUCUGAGCUAGUGCAGUACUGCUUGUUCUGCGGUCUGAUGACACUUCCCAGGCAGAGCAUACGGACCAAGCUAGUUGAGUCAAGCGAGGUAUGCGAAGCAGCCAAUAAAAUACCAAGUGGGCUAGACUUGCUUCUCUCUUUGGACAAGUGCGACUACCCAGUUCUCUUCCGAAGCAUCUGCUUGUUUGCAGAGGAGCUUAAAAGUAACGCGUAUUUAUACGAUAAAAUCGACUACUUCGUGUAUAGAAUGAAGGUAAGGUCGUACAACCAGCUGUUCAAAAGCUACAAGGCCAUUUCCAUACGGCAGAUGUCUGCCAUAUUCGGAGUCAGCGAGGAGUACAUGAUCAGAGAUGUAGAAGCAAUGAUCCUUAGAGAGGAUCUUCUUUGCCGAAUCAACCACCAGCUUAUGAUGGUUUACAAGACACCAGCAGGAAACUCUGAUAAAAUUGGUGAGCAGGCGGAAGAGAUACUUCACACAAUACAGAAGAUGAUAGCAAGUGAAUAA